CAACAUCGCACAAAAAACCAAGAUUCGAAGCAAUUCUGGGAUAAAACUGAGGACGAAUUAUUACAUGAGAAGAGAAUGAGGGAGAAGAAUAGAGAUAUGGAGCUGGCAGAGCUCGGGGCGGCAUGCGGAGUGAUGCAAAGGAUCGCGCAGGGAUUGAAAAAAAGGUCUCACGACACGAUUUGUAACGACGUUAGUGGUGAAGAGUCACCAACCAGAAAGCGUUGCUUGGCCGAAAAAGAGAAAGAGCUAAUGAAUGAAAUGUUGUCAACGGGAGCGUUCAGGGGAAAAUGUGUAUAG